AUGCCUCAAAGAAAUCUUGUUUCGUAUAAUGCAUUAAUUUCAGCUUUUUCUAGAGAUUCUAAUGAUGGGGUUUUGAGCUUGAAGUUAUUUGCACAGAUGGGUAAUCGAGAUUUGAGUCCUAAUGGGUCAACUUUCUCGAGUUUACUUCAAGCGUGUUGUUCGCUUGAGGAUUGGCUUAUGGGGUCUUUGAUUCAUGGUCAGGUUGUUAAGUUUGGGUUCUUCAAUGAUGUGUUUGUUCAGACAUCAUUACUUGGGAUGUACUCGAAUUGCGGGGAUCUCGAAUCUGCAUACAAAGUUUUUGGUUGUGUUGUGGAGAAGGAUGUUGUUUUGUGGAAUUCGAUGAUAUUUGGGAAUUUGAAGAAUGAAAAGUUAGAGGAAGGAGUUUGUUUAUUCGGUCAAAUGGUGAGGAAUGCUGUUGUUCCUACUGAGUUCACGUACUCAAUGAUAGUGAACGCCUGCGGUAAAUUGGGAGAUUGUAGUCGUGGACAAGUUAUUCAUGCCCGAGUUAUUGUUUCGAAUGUACUAGCUGAUUUGCCUUUGCAAAAUGCUUUGCUUGACAUGUAUUGCAGUUGUGGUGACACUAAAACUGGAGUUAAUGUCUUUAAUAAAAUUGAGAGCCCAAAUUUAGUUUCUUGGAACUCGAUGAUUUCUGGGUAUGCGGGAAAUGGAGAGGGAGAGGAUGCUAUGAAUCUGUUCGUCCGGUUGGCAGGAAUGUCUCUUCCUAAACCUGAUGAAUAUACUUUUGCUGCUGUUGUUUCUGCUACUGGUGCAUUUCCAGCCAUUUGUUAUGGGAAACCUCUUCAUGCUGACGUUAUGAAAGUGGGGUUGGAGAGGAGUGUCUUCGUAGGAACUACUCUAUUGUCAAUGUAUCUGAAAAAUUGUGAUACUGACUCCGCUGAAGAGGUUUUCAAUUUGAUUGAAGAGAAGGAUGUUGUUCUCUGGACUGAAGUGAUUAUGGGUCACUCCAGAUUGGGGGGUGGGGAAAGUGCAAUAAAAUUGUUCUGCAAGAUGUGUCAUGAAGGUCUUAAGAGCGACAGUUUUGCUCUUAGUGGAGCUUUGAGUGCCUGUGCUGACCUUGCAACUUUGCUCCAAGGAGAGAUAAUUCAUACCCAGGCUAUAAAAACAGGAUGUGAUGCUGAAAUGUCUGUUUGUGGUAGUCUAGUAGAUAUGUAUGCAAAAAAUGGUGAUCUUUGUGCUGCUCAAUCAGUAUUUUCACAAGUUUCAAAUCCUGACUUAAAGUGCUGGAAUUCAAUGCUUGGGGGGUAUAGUCAACAUGGAAUGGUAGAGGAGGCAACGAUGCUCUUUGCAAAGAUUGUAGUAAAUGGUCAAAGACCUGAUCAAGUAACAUUUUUGUCCCUGCUGUCCGCUUGCAGCCAUAGUGGCUCGGUUGAAAACGGAAAGCUCUUGUGGAAUUAUAUGAAGAAAAACGAUGUUGUACCUGGGCCUAAGCACUACUCUUGCAUGGUAAGUUUAUUGAGUCGAGCAGGAUUGCUGGAUGAGGCAGAAGAACUGAUUAUCAAAUCAACUUACAGCAAGGAGCAUUUGGAAUUAUGGAGAAAUUUGCUGAGCUCUUGUGUCAAUAAAAGGAAUUUGAGAAUAGGAGUUCGCGCAGCAGAAGAAGUAUUUAAAUUAGAACCAGAAGACAGUGCAACACACAUUCUGCUUUCAAAUCUCUAUGCCGCUACAGGGAGAUGGGAUGGUGUUGCAGAAAUGAGGAGAAAGAUAAGAGGACUCAUGCUCGAAAAAGACCCUGGACUAAGCUGGAUUGAGGCCAAAAAUGAUAUUCAUGCAUUUUCUUCUGGUGACCAAUCAAACCCGAUGAUUGAUGAAGCCAGAGGUGAAUUGCGUAGAUUGGAAGGGAACGUGAUAAACUUGAAAAGUCUAUAG